CGUGCCCAGUCUGCUCACAGACCCGUGGUCCCCGGAGGCAGGCCGGCGUGGCAGGAAGAUGGGCUCCUCAGAGGAGGAGGAGGACUGCCGUCUGCUGAGGGAAUAUUCCAGUGGCUUCAUGGUCUCGCAGGUUCUCUUCGCCGCUUGUGAGCUUGGAGUGUUUGACCUUCUGGCCGAAGCCCCGGAGCCCUUGGGCUUGGCUGCAGUGGCCGCACGUCUGGGCAUCAGCUCCCGGGGGACAGAGCUACUGCUGGACGCCUGUGUGUCCCUGAAGCUGCUUCAGGUGGAAGUGAGGAGAGAGGAAGCCGUGUAUGCAAACACAGAGCUCGCCAGCACCUACCUGGCCAGAGGCAGCCCCAAGUCCCAGCAGGACAUGCUGGUGUACACGGCCAGGACCACCUACCUCUGCUGGGGCCACCUGGCCGAGGCUGUCAGAGAAGGGAAGAACCAGUACCUGAAGGCCUUUGGAGUUCCCUCCGAGGAGCUCUUCACCGCCAUCUACAGGUCCGAGGGCGAGAGGCUGCGGUUCAUGCGGGGGCUGCAGGACGUGUGGAGGCUCGAAGGGCAGGUGCUGGCUGCCUUUGACCUGUCGCCCUUCCCACGGAUCUGCGACCUUGGAGGCGGUUCUGGGGCUCUGGCCAAGGCGUGAGUAUCCCUGUACCCAGGAUGCCAGGUCACCGUGUUCGACAUCCCGGACGUGGUGCAGAUGGCGAAGAGGCACUUCUUGUUCCCUGAGGACGAACGGAUUCACUUCCACGAAGGAGAUUUCUUCAAAGACCCCCUUCCGGAGGCGGAUCUGUACAUCCUGGCCAGGGUCCUGCAUGACUGGACGGAGGAGAAGUGCUCGCGCCUGCUGGAGAGAGUCUAUCACGCCUGCGAGACAGGCGGCGGCGUCCUGGUCAUCGAGAGCCUCCUGGCGGCGGAUGGCCGCGGGCCCCUGACCACGCAGCUGUACUCGCUCAACAUGCUGGUGCAGACGGAGGGCCGGGAGCGGACCCCCGCCCAGUACCACACGCUCCUGGCCCUGGCCGGCUUCCGCGACAUGCAGUGCCAGAGGACCGGGGGCACCUACGAUGCCAUCUUGGCCAGGAAGUGA